AUGGAAAACAUCGAACUCACCCCUCAGACCCCCAGCUAUUCUAACAAUACCUGGGAGCUCGAAGGUCAGAGUAAUGAGCACAUUGUGGCCGUGGCCGUCUUCGCGUACGAAGUUGCGAAUAUUAUACAGCCCGGGAUCGAAUUUCGCCAGCACACCAACCUGAAAAAUUCCUACUAUCAGUACUACGAGGAAGUCUUUCCAACAAUAGAUGAUGGAUGGAGAGAUCUUUAUCCCUCUAGGGUUGGAAAGUCGUACGAAAAGGAAUUCAAAGCAAUGGCGAGUAUCCUAGGAUUUGCACCGCGAGACCUGUCCGCGAGGUUCGACAGCGGUAUGUCUUUCCAAACCACGGGUUCUGUCGCGACCCCACAGGGGCGACUAGUCACAUUUCCCAAUGUCCUAGAGCACCGACUGGAACCAUUCGAACUGUCUGACCCAACGCGUCCUGGGCAUUAUCGGUACAUCAAGCUAUACUUGGUUGACCCGCAAUGUACCACCUCAACGGCUUGA